UCCAACAACACAAUUUCCAUUCUUCUUCUUAUUUCACUUCAAAUCUCAAUCUCAAACCCUAAUUUUCCCAAUGGCGCCAAAAGGAGAGAAGAAGAUAGCUGAGAAGAAACCCGCAGAGGAGAAGAAGACAACGGUAGCCGAGAAAGCUCCGGCGGAGAAGAAGCCAAAGGCCGGCAAGAAGCUCCCAAAGGAAAGCGGUGCCGCUGCCGGAGACAAGAAGAAGAAGAGGAACAAGAAGAGCGUUGAAACAUACAAGAUCUACAUCUUCAAGGUUCUGAAGCAAGUUCACCCAGACAUUGGUAUCUCAAGCAAGGCCAUGGGAAUCAUGAACAGUUUCAUCAACGAUAUCUUCGAGAAGCUUGCCGCAGAAUCAUCAAGACUUGCAAGGUACAACAAGAAGCCGACGAUAACUUCGAGGGAGAUUCAGACCGCGGUCAGACUUGUGCUGCCCGGGGAAUUGGCGAAACAUGCGGUUUCUGAGGGUACAAAGGCUGUAACUAAGUUCACUAGUGCUUAAUUUUGAAACUCCUGUUUAGGGGUUGAUUGUGUGAUUAGGUGGAUCUAAUGGAUCUGUGUAUUAUCUUUGAAGUUGAAACUGUGGAUUUGAUUUGAUUUGACUCAAAAUGUAUUAUGAUGCAUUGAUUCCAUUCAAAGAUUAUAUGUAUAUUUUGAGAUCGAUGAGAUCCCCUUUUUUCUAA